AUGGUUUCUUCAACCGUUGUCUUGAAGGAAGACCCCGACGCCGCCCUGAUGAAGGCAAUGCAUGGCAAGUCCGCCGAAGAGAAAAACGCUUUCUUCGCCAUGCUCAAGAAGAACAACUCUGCCCACCGCGAGAUCACAAAUGAGUAUGUGCGUCGAUGGAAGGAAGAGAAGGGUAUCGACGCGACCACCGACGAGGCCCGAAAAGAGCGAACGACCGAGUACAUGGGCGUGGUCAACAACUAUUAUGAUCUAGUCACGGACUUUUAUGAAGAAGCGUGGGCCCAGUCGUUCCAUUUCUGUCGGUUCAGUAUCGGCGAGCCAUUCCUCCAGGCGCUAGCACGACACGAACAUUACCUUGCGUAUAAACUGGGCAUCAAAGGGGGCAUGGAGGUGCUGGAUGUGGGCUGUGGCGUGGGAGGUCCUGCUCGUGAGAUCGCUCAGUUCACGGGGUGUCAGGUGGUAGGCGUCAACAACAAUGCAUAUCAGAUUGCUCGGGCCACGAGGUAUGCAGAGAAGGCUGGCCUGGAUGAUCGGGUUUCCUUCUUCAAGGGAGACUUCAUGCAUCUGGACUGCCCGCCUAACUCCUUCGACGUUGUAUAUGCCAUCGAAGCUACCGUGCACGCCCCGAGUCUGCAGAAGGUGUACGAACAGAUCUUCCGAGUUCUCAAACCAGGCGGCCGCUUCGGAGUAUACGAAUGGGUCAUGACAGACAAGUUUGACGAGUCGAAUCCCGAACAUCGAGCCAUUCGGUUGGGAAUUGAACGUGGAAACGGAAUCGUGAAUAUGCGGACGCGAGCCGAAGCAAUCGAGGCCAUCCAAGCGGCCGGGUUUGUGCUGGAGUAUGAAGACGACCUAGCUGAGCGACCGGAUCCCAUCCCCUGGUACUAUCCCAUUGCAGGCGAGCUGAAGUACACGAGAAGCUUGUGGGAUAUGCUCACGGUCCUGCGCAUGACGAAGUUCGGACGAACUGCCAUGGGUCAGCUGUUGUGGGCGAUGGAAACUAUGCGGCUUGCGCCUGCUGGAACGUCGGAGACUGCACAGGAGCUGGCUGAUGGCGCUGAUAACCUCGUGAAAGGGGGGCAAUUGGGCUUGUUUACCCCGAUGUACUUGGUGAUAGGAAGGAAGCCUGCGAUAUAG